AUGAGACUUUUUUGGCAGCUACUGCUUUGGCAUGGAGAUGACGGUCUUUGCCCGGUUGCAUUUGCUAUAGUAGACACAGAGAAUGAUGAUAAGUGGCGGUGGUUUUUGGAGCAGUUAAGAUCUGUACUCGCAACCUCUCAAUCCUUAACUUUUGUCUUGGAUAGAGAGAAGGGACUAAAGAAAUCAGUGCUUGAAGUAUUUGAGAAUGCCCACCGUGGAUAUUCUAUGCACCACCUUCUGCAAAGCUUCAAGAGAAACUUGAAUGGUCCAUACCAUGGAGACGGGAAGGGUUUGUUGCCAAUCUAUUUUAUGGCUGCUGCCCAUGCAAUCCGAAUUGAUGGGUUUAAAACAAGUAUUGAUCAACUUAGACGAGUUUCUGCCCGAGCUUAUGCCUGGGUUCAGCAAAUCGAACCAGAAUGUUGGACAAAUGCAUUAUUUAAAGGUGAGCACUAUAACCAUUUUACAUCAGAUGUUGCAGAGGCAUACAUCAAGUGGAUAGAGGAAGUGCAGGAGUUACCCAUUGUGCCAAAGAUUGAAGCACUAUGUUCUAAUUGUCUGGAUUGGAAGUCAACUGGUCUACCGUGCUGCCAUGCUAUUGCUGUCUUCAACUGCACUGGUAGGGAUGUGUAUGAUUAUUGUUCAAGAUACUAUAGAGCUGACAAGUAUCGUUUGACGUAUUCUGAAUCCAUAAACCCUGCAUUGGCCCCUUUCGAGGCUUCGGAUGGUGAGAAAACUGACGUAGAGGCAGCGCAUGUGCUUCCUCCAUUAAUCUCCAAGCAACAAGAAAAGAAAAGCCAGGCCAAGACAGAGAGUGUGUUGGCAAGGACAGUUUUUUGCUCUAGGUGCUAG